UAGAGAUAUUUCAAUAGUUUGAAUAAUAGGUUUAUUCCUAAGAAAAUUGUGAUUAGUAUUAAUUAUUAUAAAUUCCAAUGGCUACAGGAGUGGCAAAUUGCAUUUUCUGCAAAAUUAUUCAAAACGAAGAACCCGGUGAGAAAAUUUACGAGGAUGAAGAUGUUACGUGUAUUAAAGAUAUUAAUCCAGCGUCGACACAUCAUUAUUUAAUAAUACCAAAUAGACAUAUACGUAAUGCAAAAGAACUUAAACCAGAAGAUGCCGAACUUUUUAAUAAAAUUGUUGCCACUGUAGAUAUAAUCUCAGAAAAAUUGGGUCUUGAUCCUGUAUCCACUCGAACAGGCUUUCAUUGGCCACCAUUUAACACUGUCAAUCAUUUACAUCUGCAUGUUAUUUCCCCAAUAGAGCAAAUGAAUUUGUUGGGAAAAGUGAUGUUUAAUCCCAAGACCUACUGGUUUGUAAAUACAGACUAUGUCAAAUCUCAUCUGGAAGGCCGCAAAUAAUAUCAAUUAUCGCUAUAGUUUUACUUGUUACAUUUCUUCUUCAUAAUAAAGAUAGCAGUUUUAUACAAUAAUCGUAACAUGAAGCAUUUGAUGUAAUAUGGUAAGAGAAAAGAUAUUUAUGGUAUUUGCCAAAAAUUAGAGGUGAUUUUUACUAAGAUUAUUUUUGCUACCAUUAUUUUUUAAUUAAUAUGUAUUUAUUUUACAUAUGUAUUUAUUUUAUAUAUGUAUAAUACAAAUUAUAUAUGUACAUGUGUUGACUCAUAAGAAAUGUCUUUACUUUA